AUGUUGCUAAACGGCAAUAUGCCUAUUAGAUUCAAGCCAUUAGAAUUUAAUUGUUUUAAUUGGUUGUACAGUGUCGCACCAUGUUUUCCCGUAAAUGCAAGUAAAAUUAAUAUAAUCAAUGAUCCUAAAAAGUUUUACGAUACAUUGUGUGAUAGAUUUCGGAAUGCAAACCGACGAAUAUCCGUUGCAAGUCUCUACUUAGGAACUGGAACUAUGGAAAAAGAGCUCUUGGACAUUACCAAAAAGAAUUUAAAAGAUAAUAAAUGUUUAAAUUUCAAAGUUCUGUUAGAUUACCAGCGUGGUACGCGGGGAGAAGUGAAUUCAGUGACUCUGUUAAAAGACUUUGUUACCAGUGACACUAACCAGUGUUCAGUCAGUUUGUAUCAGACACCUAGAUUGCAUGGUUCAUGGUCCAAGGCAUUGCCGUCUCGGUAUAACGAGCUUGUGGGACUACAGCAUAUGAAGCUGUACAUAGCAGAUGACUCUGUGUUGUUGAGUGGUGCCAAUUAUUCCAAUGACUACUUCCAACAGAGACAAGAUCGCUAUUUAGAGAUUGAGGAUGCAGAACUAGCAAAUUUUUACAGUGAACUUAUAGAUGAGGUGAGCCAGUUUAGCAAAGAAUCCUCGAAGGAUGGUAUUAGGGAGAGGAAGUACGCCUCAAAGGAGUUGUUCAUUCAAGAUAUGAGAAAGAGUGUAAAUGCUUUUAUGACAAGAUGGCAGGAGCAACAGAUGAACAAGCUAAUAUCUUUUAGAAAUUGUGAAGAUGAAACAAAAGAUACCUGGAUAUUUCCUCUAGUACAAAUGGGAGAGUUUGGCAUCACUCAGGAUGAACAGGUCACCAAAAAGUUUUUAGCAACUGUUCCAGAAGGUUCCAUAAUCAGACUGGCUACUGGAUAUUUCAACCUUACAAAUGAAUAUGCCAAGACUUUAUUGAAAGACUGUAAGGCCAACAUUAGUUUGUUAAUGGCCCAUCCAAAUGCUAAUGGAUUUUUGGGUGCUGCUGGUCCAGCUGGCGGAAUUCCUCACGCCUAUUCAUUAAUUGCUAGGAAGUUUUGGCAAAGAGUUUUAGAUUCUAAACAGAUGAACAGAGUGGAGAUGUUGGAAUAUGAGAGACCUGGGUGGACAUUCCAUGCAAAAGGAUUAUGGUAUUACCCACCAGGCUGUGGAGUGCCAUGGGCUACAAUAGUAGGUUCUGCAAACUUGGGUGAACGGUCUGUCAGACGCGACCUUGAAGCACAGGCUGCCAUAUUCACUAUAUCACCAGAGUUACAGCUGAAAUUACAUGAAGAAUCACAGCUGUUGCACAAAUUUGCAACGGAGUGCAGUAGUCAACUACAGAAUAGAGACACUCCUCUAUGGGUACGAGCCACAGUUGGUCUGUUUAGAACAUAUUUUUAA